AUGGGGAAAGACACCUUUACUCUUGCGGGCCGGGAGUGGCCCAAGGUCACUUGGUGGAAGAUGAAGGGGAUGCGAUUCGUCUAUCUCACCCUGUGGGCUGCCAUGAUUACUUCUGCGACAAACGGCUACGACGGUUCUCUGAUGAACGGCUUGCAGGCUCUUGAGGACUGGAAGAAAUCAUACAACUAUCCCGAAGGCUCGACUCUUGGACUUCUUGCGGCGUCCAUGUCCAUUGGUUCUAUGCUUGCCAUUCCGGUCGUACCUUAUGUGGCCGACCACCUCGGUCGUCGCGUCGGCGUUGUCAUCGGGUGCGUGAUUAUGCUCUUUGGCGUCGCGAUGGUUUCCAUUGGAUACAAAGUCGCGCUGUUUGUCGUCGGUCGGAUUAUUCUCGGCUUUGGUCUGGGAAUUGCUCAGGAAUGUUCUCCUCUGUUGGUCACUGAGCUUGUCCACCCCCAGCAUCGUGCCGUCUACAGUACCAUUUACAACUCGCUCUGGUAUAUUGGAAGUCUGGUUGGUGCCGGUGUUGCCCUUGGCACAAACAAGAUCACCGGCAGUGACUGGUCGUGGCGAGUGCCGUGUCUUCUUCAAGGUGCCCCGUCUAUUUGCCAGCUGGUCUUCAUCUGGAUGGUCCCCGAGUCUCCCCGCUGGCUCGUCUCGAAAGGGAGGAUCCAAGAGGCCAAGAAGGUCCUGGCAUACGUCCACGCCCAAGGCGACGAGGAUGACGAACUUGUCAACGUCGAGUUUGACGAGAUCCAGCAGACCAUCGCCAUGGAGAAGGAGCUCGAGGGUAAUUCGUGGGCUGAAUUCUGGUCGACCCCUGGAAACCGUCACCGAUUGAUCAUUCUGGUCUCCAUCGGUUUCUUCUCCCAGUGGUCGGGCAAUGGAAUCGUUUCGUACUUCCUCCCCGAGGUCCUCAAACUCAUCGGCAUCACCGACAGCAACAAAGUCCUCACCAUCAACCUGGUCCUCAACGCCGUCAACGCCGUCUCCGCAACCGGUAUCGCCUUCUUCGUCGAACACUUUGGCCGUCGCAAACUCUUCCUCACCUCGUGCAUGGCCAUGAUCGCCUGCUUCACGUCAACAACCAUCUCCCUCGCCCGCUUCCCCGAGGGCCCCGGCGGCAAGGACACCAACGCCGGAAACGCCGUCAUUGCGUUCAUCUUCCUCUUCUACAUCUCGUACAACAUCGGUUUCAGCGGUCUCCUUGUGUCUUACUCGUCCGAGAUCCUGCCCUACAGACUCCGCGCCAAGGGCCUGACCAUCAUGUUCCUGUGCGUCAACACGAGUCUGUGGUUCAACCAGUACGUCAACCCGAUCGCGCUCAAGGACAUUGGGUGGAAGUACUACAUCUUCUACUGCGUGUGGCUGCUCUUCGAGCUGUUUAUCGUCUGGAAGUUCUACAUCGAGACCAAGGAGACUCCCCUCGAGGAGAUUGCCAAGUUCUUCGAUGGCGAUGCGGCUAUUGUCGGUGGUGAGGCGGCGACGGAGAAGGUUGCCCAAUUGGUCGGGAGGCAGACCGAGGCAGAGAGUGAGAAGGGGCCGACUAUUCAUACUGAGAAUCGUGAGUAG